AUGGCCGGCGGCGUUGACCGCCUGUCCGACCUCCCCGACGAGCUCCUCCUGCGCGUCCUCCACUUCGUCCCAGGCAAGCAGGCCGCCGCCACGACCGCGCUCUCGCGGCGAUGGCGCUCGCCGCUCUGGCGGUCCUCAGGCGCCGUAAACCUAGAGACGUAUGUCGAGGACUGGGGCUACUACACGAACAUAUUCAAGGAUAGUAGUGGAGAAUGGGACGACCGCCUCUUCUUGUCCCGGCGCGACGCCUUCGUGUCCGUGGCCGAGGCGGCGCUCGACGCCGCCGACGACCCCGUCACGAGGCUCACCCUUCGUGUCACCGGCCACAACUGCAUCGACUUGUUCCUGAACGGUCACUGGGAUGUGAAUUUGCCGUCGCCCUGGUCUCCGCACCAGGGCGCGCUCGCCAAACUGCUCUCCCACCGGGCGGCGCGCCGCGUCGAGGAGCUCCGGCUCGACGCAUACAACGUCUACUCGGACGACCAGACCAGUAGUCUCAGCUCCCUCGGCCUCUACGUGCUCAACCUAGGCUCCGUGCAGUCUGAGAACCUCCGCGUGCUGGACCUCACCAACUGCCGCGAACUCGUUCCGCCGGCCUCCGCGGUUGUGUUCCCGCGUUGUUCGUCGCUGCGGCUGCACCAUGGCACCGUCCGGCUCGACGCCCUCCAGAGCCUCAUCUACGCUGCGCCUGCGCUCAUCACCGUCCACUUUGAGUCCCUCAUCAUCUCACCACCAACAGAUGGUGUGCCGGACUAUAGUUUGCCCAAUCAGUCGAUCUACCGCCAGUGGAAAGCCUACGCUCCACCUCUGCCGCCCGCACAAGCCCUGCUCCGUCUCCCUGUGGUCACCAUGCUCGUCCUGGAUGGGUGCAACUGGAAGGACAAGGAUGUCUCACGACGAGACUACAUAGCGGACAAGGCCGGCGUUGUCCCCGUGGAGAUCCACGCGCCGAGGCUACGUUGGUUCAGUUAUAAGGGGCUUCUCCGGCCGUUCUCACUAAGCCCGCUGCCGCCGGACUUGGCACAUGCCGACCUGCAUUUUGUUGUCCCGCGCGCCCGCGAUGAUAGAGUGAACAAAACACUGCCCGAACACAAGGAAACCAACGAGGAUCCAUGCCGCGGCGAGGCCAGCCUCAAGACCUUUUGGCGAUUCCUUCACAACUUCACGGGCGUCAAGGAGCUGAAGCUAAACGUAAACCAUCUCGAGGACAUGGCUGUGCUCACCGAGGCAAGGAGGGCCGAGCUCCUACCCACAUUCUCCAUCCUCAAGCGCCUUGACCUGCACAGAGUGCAUAUGCCACAAGGUAAGACGGCGACAGUGGCAAUCGCAGACCUGCUCCGCUGCUGCCCCACACUCCGCAGCCUCCGGAUCAACCACACCGCGGUGCACCAGUGCACCACUACGCCAUGGUUGUUGAAGAAAUGUUUAUUGAUGGAGGAAACACGAAGUUGUGGGAGCACAUGA